AUGGAGUCGUUUGUAAAAGUUUACGAGCCAUUCCCUCCACCUUACUUUUUACCAGAUGAAACGCGAUCAGGGCAAGAUGUGAGGAUCUACCACGUCCAUUCUCCUUUCAGCCCUCUACCGUCUCCUCCGUCUUUCUCCUUUUCUCCGGGAGAUGGUUCCUCCACUCAAACCCACCUGCCUCUGUCAGUGUCGGCUCCCCCUCCAUCUACCCCCGGGCCGAAGUUUGUGAGCUUCGAGACCAAACUGUAUCGCUCUCCAGCCCUGACGACGUGCCUUACCUGUCGGACGCAGGUCACCACAGAGGUCACCUACAAAGUCGGCACGCACGCGUGGCUCAUGUGUCUGGUGUUUGUGUUGUGCGGGUUGGUGCUCGGAUGCUGCCUGAUUCCCUUCUUUGUGAAACACUUCAGGGACGCUUAUCACACCUGUCCCCGCUGUCGACGGGUUCUCCACAUACACAGGAAAACGUGCUGUGACUGA